AUGGCUGUAAGUGUUCAUAAAAAACACUUGUUUUUUACUUAUAAUUAAACUUAAAUAUAGCAGGAUUCUAUUCCUUCAGGAGUAUUUAUUGGUGAUGUUGGUUCUGGAAAAACAACUAAUUUUAACAAAAUAACAAAUAAAAAUCAGAAGACUUCUAAUCAUGGAACUUCAACUACUAGAAACUCUUUUAGAAGUAGCUCUGCCUAUGGAGAAUCUUUUUACAUUCUUGACACUCCUGGUACUAGCGCUGACGAUGAUAAGAUUGGACAUGCUUUAUGCUUACGCUCUGCUCUAAUUGAGGGACCUAUAAAUAGAAUUUUUAUAUUAAUAGAAUACCAUCAUAAGUUUGGGAUUUUAUAAAAAAAUAUAUCUGAAAAAUUGAAACUUUUAUAUAAAUGGAAACAUCUUAUAACUGUUAUAAUUACUCACUGGGAUAGAGAUGACACUCCAGAAAAUAGAAGCCUUUAUGAAGAAACUAAAGAAAAACUGAUGAAAAAAGAUCCAAGCUUAUAAAAUUCUUUUAUUUUUGUAGGUAAAGAUUCUGAUCCUGAAGAAUUAUGCAAUGCUAUUUACAAAAGCCUUUGCUAGAAUAAAGCAGUUUAGCUCGACAUUAAUUUAUAAGAGUUUAGAUACACAUUUGAUUUAUUCGAGAAUUUUGAUUAAUAUAUUAUUGAAUAUAAGAACUAUUUCGAUAAAGUAUCAAAAUAUAUGUUAAAGGAAAUGUUGAUAUAUAGUGAUAGUGAUAAGGAUGAAUUUUUACAUGCUUGUAAUGUACUCAUUGCGAAAAUUGCUGAGGAAAUACUCGAAGACUUUGAAAAUAAAUAUGGUAAAGAUAUGAUUGAAGUUGAUAGUUUCAUGCAUUAUUUGGAGUUAAAAUCUUAUUUUAUCCCUAUUGUUGAGUAAGUACGUAAAGCAGCCUCUUAAAAUAUGUCUUAUAGCUUAUUGAAUCCUUAAGCACCAUAAAAUCUACUAAAGCAAUGUCCUAAUUGUGGAUAAAUUUGGCUUAAAGUAGCUGGCUGUGAUAAUACUACAUGUGGUAAUCGCCAGCUUGAAAAAGAUUAUUACUCUGGUGGAAAAUCAUUUAUGAAAUUUACUUUUGACUGGAGAAAUUUAUUAUGGAAAAAGUAGUAACAAAAAGAAGUUGAGAAUAAAGGUACUUAUAAUAGUAACGUCAAAGGAUUAGGUUGUGGUAAACCAUUAAACUGGUUAACUGCCCCACCAAUUGGUAUAGAAACUCUUAAAAUGCUUAAUGAAACUGGAAUCAGUGAUAUUUUAGCCGAUUAAUCAAAAGAAUUCUAAAAAAAAUCAGAAUCUUUUAAUUAAAACCUUAUUAAAAAAGGUAAUGAAUCUUAGGUUAAACAUAUCUGA